AUGGACCCGCGCAAUCUUCAGAAGCAGCGUGAACCGGAAGAGCCACGCUUUCUCAGCUUCCCACACCUUCCCGAUGACGCCAAACUUGAAGAUGGAAAGCCUGCGUUGAACAAGUACUCGUCUACACUCACCACUGGUCACAAUUUCCCGGGGGCCCAGGCAAUGCUGUACGCAGCUGGCGUGCCAUCACGAGAAGCCAUGAAGACGCAGCCCCACGUGGGAAUCGCAAGCGUUUGGUGGGAGGGCAACCCAUGCAACAUGCACUUAUUGGAUCUUGGGAAGGAAAUUAAGAAGCACGUCCAGAACGACAACAUGCUAGCAUGGCAGUACAACACAAUUGGUGUGUCCGAUGGAAUCACCAUGGGUGGAGAAGGCAUGCGCUUCUCCCUCCAGACUCGCGAAGUCAUCGCCGACAGUAUCGAGACUGUAACAUGUGCUCAGCACCAUGACGCCUGCAUAGCCAUUCCCGGAUGCGACAAGAACAUGCCCGGAGUCAUCAUGGCUUUCGCGCGACACAACCGGCCGUCACUCAUGGUCUACGGCGGUUCGAUAAUGCCAGGUUAUUCGGAGACGCUGAAGAAACCCAUCAACAUAUCGACCUGCUACGAAAGCCAUGGCGCAUACAUAUACAAGAAUUUGAAGAGUGCGACGGAGGGUAAGUUUUCGCCGGACGAGAUAAUGGAGGAUAUCGAGAGAAAUGCUUGCCCAGGAGCUGGUGCUUGUGGAGGAAUGUAUACGGCAAACACCAUGUCAACCUCGAUUGAAGCAAUGGGGCUAACCCUUCCAAACUCCUCCACUACACCUGCCACUUCUCCUGCGAAGAUGCGCGAAUGCGCCAAAGCCGCCGCCGCGAUAAGAGUCUGCAUGGAAAAGAACAUCACACCUCGAAAGCUUCUCACAAAAGCUUCUUUCGAGAAUGCUCUUGUCAUGAUGAUGGUACUAGGUGGAUCUACAAACGCUGUCUUGCACCUCCUCGCCAUGGCAGGCACAGCAGGGGUCCCCUUGACACUCGAUGACUUCCAACGUGUGUCCAACAAGAUCCCCUUCCUCGCCGACCUCGCACCAUCAGGAAGGUACAUGGCAGCCGACCUCUUCGAUAUCGGUGGCAUGCCAUCUGUCAUGAAACUUCUUGUUGCAGCCAACUUGCUUGAUGGUAGCAUCCCGACCGUCACCGGCAAGACUUUGGCAGAGAACAUUGAAUCGUAUCCGUCGCUGCCACAAGAUCAGGUACUCAUCCGCCCACUAAACAACCCGAUCAAGCCCACCGGUCACAUCGAGAUCUUGCGCGGCAACCUCGCUCCCUCUGGUGCGGUAGCAAAGAUCACGGGCAAAGAAGGCUUGAAGUUCACAGGCAAAGCGAUCGUUUUCAACAAGGAACACGAGCUUGACCGUGCUUUGAACCUCGGACAAAUACCGCAUGGCGAAAAUGUCGUGGUGGUAGUGCGCUACGAGGGCCCCAAGGGAGGACCAGGAAUGCCAGAGCAACUCAAAGCUUCAGCAGCCAUUAUGGGCGCCAAGUUGACGAACGUAGCUCUCAUCACUGACGGUCGAUACUCUGGAGCUUCUCACGGUUUUAUCGUUGGACACAUAUGUCCUGAGGCUGCUGUCGGUGGUCCUAUCGCCGUCGUGAAGAAUGGUGAUAUGAUCACCAUUGAUGCAGAGAAGAACCGGAUUGAUAUGGAUGUGCCGCAGGAGGAGAUUGAUAAGAGGUUGGAGGAGUGGGUAGCACCUAGUAUGCCGGUUACUAGAGGUGUACUGGCCAAGUAUGCUAGACUGGUUGGUGAUGCAAGCCAUGGUGCUAUGACGGAUUUGUUUUAA